AUGGACCACGUAAAUAAUCUUACAGAGAACGAAGGUGUAAAGCCUGGUACUAUCUAUAUUUUGCCUUCAACAUUUCAAGGAAGCCCUAGAGCUCAUCAGCAGAACUUCCAAGACGCUAUGGCCAUCGUACGCAAGCACGGUGGACCUGAUGUAUUUAUGACUAUGACCAUGAAUCCAAAGUGUUGUGAAGUAAUGGAAAACUUGAAGCCUGGAGAAAGACCAGAGGAUAGACCUGAUCUGGUUGCACGUAGUUUCAAGGAGAAACUUACAGCACUACUGCAUGACUUAUUCGUGAACAAAGUACUUGGAGUGGUGAUCGCUCAUGUUUAUGUAAUAGAAUUUCAAAAACGUGGCUUACCACAUUGCCACCUCCUGCUUUUUCUCAGACCUGACGAUAAACCAAGAACUGUUGAAAUUAUUGACAAGAUGGUAUGUUGUGAAAUUCCAGAUCCGGUCGAAAACCCGAGAUUGUAUGAAAUCGUCAAGGCGACUAUGGUUCAUGGCCCUUGUGGACACUUGAACAUGACAAGCCCAUGCAUGAAUGAGGAAAAAAUAUGUUCCAAACAAUAUCCGAAAGAUUUCAGUGAGGAAACCAAGCCGAACGUUGAUGGUUACCCAGUUUAUCGCAGGAGAAACGAUGGGAGAAAAAUUAAAGUUGGAAAGUUCACAGUGGAUAACCGCUGGAUCGUUCCAUAUAAUAGGUACCUAACCCUAAAGUACAAUGCACAUAUUAAUGUAGAAAUUUGUGCAAGCAUUAAAAGUGUGAAAUACUUAUUCAAAUAUGUUUACAAAGGACAUGAUCGAGCUAAACUAAAAUUCGAUUCAAAGGAAACACAACUUCACUGGGAUGAACCUUCAAGAGGUGCCCAGAGCUUUGAUGAUGUAAAAAGUGUCGACGGAUUUGUUUACAAUACGUUCAAAGAAGCAGCCCAAGCGAGAGGCCUGUUAAGAGACGAUGCUGAAUGGGAAAGAUGUUUGACGGAAGCCGAACUCUUCCAUAUGCCAAGCAAGCUGAGAGAGCUGUUUGGAAUUAUAUGUGCAUUGUGUCAUCCAGCAGACCCAGCGACAUUAUGGGAGAAGCACAAAGAUGCAAUGACAGAAGACUUCAUGCGAAGUCAUCCUGCACCUGAAAGCGAACAGCUUGCUCUAAUUGAGAUUGAAAGUAUUCUCAAAAUUCAUAACACAAGUUGUGCUGACAAAGGAUUACCUGUACCAACUAUGGUGUCGACACCUGACAUUCCAAUCUUUGACAUUCAUGAAGAGGCCAGGUUAGGCGAAGAACUACUUGCCCAGUUAAACCCAGAACAACUUAACGCAUACCAACAAAUUAUCACUGCUGUUGAAAACCCACAAUCACGUGAAAGGUGCUUCUUCCUUGAAGGUCCUGCAGGAAGUGGAAAGUCGUUCACAUACAACGCUUUGGUACGUGUCUUGAGAGGAAAAGGAAUCCACUACAAAUGUGUAGCUUUGACUGGUAUCGCAGUGGAACUCUUGCAUGAUGGAGCUACCAUACACUCUACAUUUGGGGUGCCAUUUAAAAUCACUGAGACUUCGACCUCAAAUAUAACAGCAAGAUCGUUCAAAGGACGAAGUCUUAUUAACACUCAAGUGAUUAUAUGGGACGAGUGCACAAUGGCGUCGACACAUUUGUUAGCACUGAUCGAUAGAUUGCUCAAAGACUUGAUGAACACACCUGACACUCCAUUUAGAGGAAAGGUAGUGGUUUUGGGUGGACAUUUCUGCCAGACACUUCCUGUUGUAAAAAGAGGCGACAGAGCUGCAAUCAUUGGAGCCUGUAUUAAAAGAAGCCCAUUAUGGCAAUAUUUCAAAAAAAUUUCAUUUCAUACAAAUAUGCGAACAGAUCCUGACCAACAGGCCUUUGAUUGGCUUCUAAAACUUGGAAACGGUCAACUGUUGAACAGUGACAACUUAAGUACUGAAACUGUCGAAAUUCCUGAACAAUGUGUAGUUACGGGAGACUUAAUUGAUGAAGUAUUUGGAAAGACAAUUAAGUUAGACCAACCAGAAAGAUUCAAGGACACAGCUAUUCUAUGUCCUAAGAAUAAAGACACCUUGAUGUUGAACGAUCAAAGCAAAGGCUUUAACAAAGUAAAGGUAAAGAUUUUGAGCUCACAGACACAAGACAAACUGCUUCCUGAUGCACACAAAUAUUUCACACAAAAUAUUGUAUAUCAUGAGAUUCUGGACACAGAACCUAUGGAGACGUACCUUACUGACAACUUAGCCGAUAUUGAUUGGGACAGUAUUGAUGACAUAGUAGAUGUCAUGCAACAUUUUGAAAAUAAAGAAGAACCUAGCAUCCCAACAUGGCAAGACUAUAAUUUUGAGGGUCUCGAAGACGAUGUGGAAGACGGCGCUUAUGAUUAA